CAAAUCUUGACGUUAAUAAUGGACCCAAUAACUGGACUUCCAAGUUCUCGUCGCUCAACUUUAUCGGGAGGCGACGUGCACCAUGAAGGUCUUACCACUGAAACUCAUGACUGGACGUUGGUUAAAGCCAUUGACCUUGUAAUUGAUCAAAAGGUUAUCGUAAUUGACGGAGAGAUACCAAUUGAAGAAGCUUGUGACAUUCUUACGCGAAACAAUAUAUCUUCCGCACCAGUCUACGAUACUUCAACGAAUAGCUAUUCUGGCAUGUUCGAUUGGGCUGACGUUAUGACAUAUCUGUUAAUUAUCCUUAAGAAAAAAGAUGUUAUGAAACAACAAGAGAAAAGUGAUGCUGAAUUAUCUGCUGAAUUUAAUGAUGAUUUAGUGAAAUUGGCAAACCUUUCCAAGAAAAAUCCCUUUUAUAGUGUACUUCCAGAGACGUCGUUGUUACAAGUUGUUGAAUUGUUUGGAAGUGGAACUCAUAGAGUUGCUGUUGUAGACGCGGACGGAAUUCUCAAAGGAAUUUUAACUCAGUCAAGAUUUGCUAGAAUCAA